UUCCUAUUAGAUCAUCCGAGAGUAGAGGAUCUAUGCCAAAUGGUCUGACAACAUCCAUGAAGAGAGUUGUUAAGCAGUUUACAGCUCCAAAAGUUUCAAGGCAUUAUCCAUCAGAAGUGGUCUUUUUCCCAUAUGAUCUCUUCAUCAGACUUUACAACUGUGACAAAGUGGAACUGCGCCCUUGUGGUCUUACUAACUGUGGCAACAGCUGUUAUGCAAAUGCUGUGCUCCAGUGCUUGGCAUUUACGCGGCCCCUUGCUGCAUAUCUUCUUGAAGGACUUCAUUCAAAAACAUGUCCAAAGACAGAGUGGUGCUUUGUCUGUGAACUUGAAAGACUAUUGAUGAUGGCAAAGCAAGGAAAAUCUCCUUUGUCCCCUGCUGGAAUUCUUUCUCAUUUAAGCAACAUUGGUAGUAAUUUUGGUCAUGGAAGAGAAGAAGAUGCCCAUGAAUUUUUAAGGUAUGCUAUUGAAGCAAUGCAAUCUGCAUGCCUCAAGGAAGCUGGGACAAAUGUAACUGGCCCAUUAGUUGAAGAGACAACACUUAUACAACUAAUUUUUGGUGGUUACCUGCGGUCAAAGAUAAGGUGCAUGAGAUGUCAAGGAAAAUCUGAGCGUUGUGAACGAAUGAUGGAUCUUACUGUCGAAAUAAAUGGGGACAUUGGUACCCUUGAAGAAGCACUUUCUCGUUUUACAGCUACUGAGAUUUUGGAUGGAGAGAACAAGUACCAGUGUGACAGGUGUAAAUCAUAUGAGCGAGCAAAAAAGAAAUUGACGAUAUUGGAGGCUCCUAACAUCCUUACUAUUGCAUUGAAACGUUUUCAGUCUGGUAAAUUUGGCAAGCUCAACAAAUCUAUCCGGUUCCCUGAGUACCUGGAUUUAGCUCGUUAUAUGAGUGGAACAGAUGACAUCCCUGUUUAUAGGCUCUAUGCGGUGGUUGUUCAUCUGGAUAUCAUGAAUGCUUCUUUUCUGGUCCACUAUGUGUGUUAUGUGAGGGCUACGCAGGGCAAGUGGUACAAGACUGAUGACAGCACUUAUAUUUAUAAUCUGGGAACCUUUGUGAAACCUGUGGAGCUUGAAAGAGUCUUGUCAAAAGGCGCAUACAUGCUUCUUUAUGCGAGGUGCUCACCUCGUGCUCCAAGUUCAAUAAGGAAAGCACUGUCCCAUGAGCAACUACAGAAAAAAAAGAUCAAGGAAAUGAAGAUCAAACCCAAUUCCAUGUACUUACAACGCAGUUCGUCAAUUGCACAUCGGAGGAGCCUGUUUCACUCACAGCGGUCCAUGGAUGAUGCUGCCAAUUUUCAACCAUAUGAUCUGUUUGAUGAAAGAAUCCGUCCUCCCAAAAUAGAUUCGUCCAGCGACAGUUCUUCCCUUUUCAGCUGCUCGUCUGAGGGGUCUGGUAGCACUGAGAGCACAAGGGACUCGAUCAGUACUGAUGAGUACUCUGAAUACUUAUUUGGAGAGUCUGACCGGAUUGGUUGGAACAGUCCUUUAAGAUCUUCCGAGGACUCGGAUGGCUUCAAUUACUCUCCUUCAAGUACCCUGAGAAGCAGCGAUUCCACAUCGACUCUCAGUUCUUCAGGAUGGGAGGCAAACCGGGUGGAGGUUGUGAGGAUUGAGGAUAGGAAGCGUCAGGACAGCAGAGAAGGGUUUUUGGAGGGCAACAUGAGCCCUUCCUUUUUGUACCCUGACUCGGUUAAGCAGUGUACAAAGUUGACAGCAGAACUUAGGACUACAGGGACUGACCGGGUUAACCCUAAUGAGGUGAAGCCCAAUGUGUUAUUUAGAAAGUCUAAGGAAAGAGCAGCCCAGACAUUUUAUUGAUGGUU